AUGACACAUGAAGCAACACUUGUAUUAACCUUUGCUGGAGUGAAUUUCCCCAUUGAUUGUUUAAAUGGAUGUAGAUUGGCUAUUACUGCUAGAAAUGAAAAUUCUGAAAAUUAUGUUGAGAUUGGACAGACCGAAACAAUUUCAAGUUUAAAUCCUAAAUUUGAACGGAAUGUUGUGUUUGUAUUUCGUUUGGAUCUUGAACAACAAAUUUGUUUGAUAGUAUAUUCUGUAGAUCACAAAACCGAAGUAAUUCAAAGGAAAAUAGGCCAGUCUAAUUUCAAUUUGUUUUCAAUUCUCCAUGGAGUCUCUGAAUCUCUUCAAAUCCCACUUAUUUUGGACCAAGAAAUAAAAUCUUCCCAGCCUUCAUUUAUUCAAUGUGCGGUUUCACAGCCUGGAAAUUGCGGGGUUAAUUCUGGAACAGUUUUUCAAUUUAUUGGGCAUAAUAUGGACAAUUCUGGCCUCAUUCCUUCGCCUUAUUUUUUACUUGAACUUGUUCCCACCAAUAAUGUUGAAGAAUCCUCUCCAUUACCUAUUUUACUUUAUAGAAGCGAAUUUUGUAAUAAAAAUGCGAAUCCUCGUUGGAAAGAAUUUUUACUCCCCUCUCAAUUUUUUCCAUCAUCGGCUGAUUGGUCUCUGAGGAUUUCUUGUUUUAAUUAUGCUUAUAAUCAAAUUGAGGGUGAUCAAUUGAUUGGACAGGCUUUUACAACUUUUUAUCAGUUAAUUGGAAUGAAUUCAGUCAAAUUUUUGCUCAGAACUGGACACAAAAACAAAGACCAGAAUCCUUCUAUUGAACUUGUUCGUGUCAGUAAUGAACCUGUGCCUUCCUUGAUUAAUUUAAUUAAAUCUGGCCAUCAAUUUUAUUCAACUAUAGCAAUUGAUUUUACUUCGAAUAAUGGAGGGCCAAAUUCUCCUGAUUCUCUACAUUUUAUUCAUCCACAUAUAUCUAAUGCUUAUUCGCAUGUUUUAGAAGGUGUUUCAACAACUUUUUCUAGAAUUGAUAAAUUGCGAAGAAUAGCUUUGCUAGGUUUUGGUGCUAAAUUACCUCCAUCUUUUCAAUUUUCAAAUCUUUUUGCUCUGAAUGGUAAUUUGGACUCUCCUUGGCUUAGAAGCACUCCAGAUAUCUUAAAUUGCUACAAAAACUUUUCUUUAUCUCUUUUGCCAUUUGCACCUACACAAUAUUCUCAAGUCAUUCAUUAUGUUAUCAACAUUCAUUUUUCACUUAUAAUUUUAACUAAUGGGCAGCUUAGGGAUCCAAGUGAUACUAUCGAUACCAUUGUUGAGGCUUCUUUCCUUCCCAUCUCAAUUUUCUUUGUUUCAAUUGGCAACAAUUCACACUCAACAGGAGAAACAAAUUUGCGAAGGUUGUGUUCACCAACAAUUAAAUCAACUAAAAAUAUACCUUUACAAAGGGAAACUGCUUCCCUAAUAUCCGGAAAUCAUCCAUUAUUAACCCAACAAUUAAUUCAAACAAUGAGUAGACAAUUAAUUUUGUAUAGACUUUUUAAUUCACAAAAGGAAUAAAAAACUAUUUAAUUUAAAAAAAUAAGCAUAUUAAUUACUUUAAUUUUUAAAAUUUUUUAUGAAUUUUGUAUUAGAUUUUCGUUAGUUUCUAGAUAAAAAAUUUUUAUCUGAUUUUAAAUUACUUUAGUUGUGUUUUUAAGUUUUUUGAAGUUAGGGUUCCCCUCUUUUAGUUUUGGAAGUUCCCCUUUACUUCCCGCAACUUCUACCUUCAUGGUCUUGCUCAUUUGAAUCCCUCAUCACUCCCCAAACUUCUCCCAACUCAUCUCCUAACCAAAACAUACAAUAUCUC